CUCCCCCACCGGCUGCCGCGGCCGCCGCAGGAGCCCGGAGCUCGAGCCGCCCCGCGAUCCCCCUCCCCCUCCCCCCGCCCCGCCCCGCCCCAACCCGGGGCUCGGAGCCGGAGCCGCGUCUGCGCCUGGGGGAGGACCAUGCAGCAAUAGCAGCCAUGUUGCCCUUCCUGCUGGCCACACUGGGCACCACGGCCCUCAACAACAGCAAUCCCAAGGACUACUGCUACAGUGCCCGCAUCCGCAGCACGGUCCUGCAGGGCCUGCCUUUUGGUGGUGUCCCCACAGUGCUGGCCCUUGACUUCAUGUGCUUUCUUGCACUGUUGUUCUUAUUCUCCAUCCUCCGGAAGGUGGCCUGGGACUAUGGGCGGCUGGCCUUGGUGACAGAUGCUGACAGGCACCGGCGGCAGGAGAGAGACCGAGUGGAACAGGAAUACGUGGCCUCAGCUAUGCAUGGGGACAGUCAUGACCGGUACGAGCGUCUCACUUCUGUCUCCAGCUCUGUCGACUUUGACCAGAGGGACAAUGGUUUCUGCUCCUGGCUCACAGCCAUCUUCAGGAUAAAGGACGACGAGAUCCGAGACAAGUGUGGGGGCGAUGCCGUGCACUACCUGUCCUUCCAGCGGCACAUCAUCGGGCUGCUGGUCGUCGUGGGUGUGCUCUCCGUGGGCAUAGUGCUGCCUGUCAACUUCUCAGGGGACCUGCUCGAGAACAAUGCCUACAGCUUUGGGAGAACCACCAUCGCCAAUUUGAAGUCAGGGAACAACCUGCUGUGGCUGCACACCUCCUUCGCCUUCCUGUACCUGCUGCUCACUGUCUACAGCAUGCGCCGACACACCUCCAAGAUGCGCUAUAAGGAGGACGACCUAGUCAAACGGACCCUCUUCAUCAAUGGCAUCUCCAAGUAUGCAGAGUCGGAGAAGAUCAAGAAGCACUUUGAGGAGGCCUAUCCCAACUGCACAGUGCUGGAAGCCCGUCCGUGUUACAACGUGGCUCGCCUUAUGUUCCUCGAUGCGGAGAGGAAGAAGGCAGAGCGGGGGAAGCUCUACUUCACCAACUUGCAGAGCAAGGAGAACGUACCCACCAUGAUCAACCCCAAACCCUGUGGCCACCUCUGCUGCUGUGUGGUGCGGGGCUGCGAACAGGUGGAGGCCAUUGAGUACUACACAAAGCUGGAGCAGAGGCUAAAGGAGGACUACAAGCGGGAGAAGGAGAAGGUGAACGAGAAGCCUCUGGGCAUGGCCUUUGUCACCUUCCACAAUGAGACCAUCACCGCCAUCAUUCUCAAGGACUUCAACGUGUGCAAGUGCCAGGGCUGCGCAUGUCGUGGGGAGCCGCGUGCCUCGUCCUGCAGCGAGUCCCUGCACAUCUCCAACUGGACCGUGUCCUAUGCCCCUGACCCCCAGAACAUCUACUGGGAGCACCUCUCUAUUCGUGGCUUCAUCUGGUGGCUGCGCUGCCUCGUCAUCAAUGUCGUCCUCUUCAUCCUCCUCUUCUUCCUCACCACCCCAGCCAUCAUCAUCACCACCAUGGACAAGUUCAAUGUCACCAAGCCUGUGGAGUACCUCAACAACCCGAUCAUCACCCAGUUCUUCCCCACCCUGCUCCUCUGGUGCUUCUCGGCCCUGCUGCCCACCAUCGUCUACUACUCUGCCUUCUUCGAAGCCCACUGGACACGCUCUGGGGAGAACAGGACCACCAUGCACAAGUGCUACACCUUCCUCAUCUUCAUGGUGCUGCUCCUGCCCUCACUGGGACUGAGCAGCCUGGACCUCUUUUUCCGCUGGCUCUUUGACAAGAAGUUCUUGGCUGAGGCAGCUGUUCGGUUUGAGUGCGUGUUCCUGCCCGACAACGGCGCCUUCUUCGUGAACUACGUCAUUGCCUCCGCCUUUAUCGGCAACGCCAUGGACCUGCUGCGCAUCCCAGGCCUGCUCAUGUACAUGAUCCGGCUCUGCCUGGCGCGCUCGGCCGCCGAGAGGCGCAACGUGAAGCGGCAUCAGGCCUACGAGUUCCAGUUUGGCGCAGCCUACGCGUGGAUGAUGUGCGUCUUCACGGUGGUCAUGACCUACAGUAUCACCUGCCCCAUCAUCGUGCCCUUCGGGCUCAUGUACAUGCUGCUGAAGCACCUGGUAGACAGGUACAAUCUCUACUACGCCUACCUGCCGGCCAAGCUGGACAAGAAGAUCCACUCAGGGGCCGUGAACCAGGUGGUGGCCGCGCCCAUCCUCUGCCUCUUCUGGCUGCUCUUCUUCUCCACCAUGCGCACCGGGUUCCUGGCCCCCACAUCCAUGUUCACCUUCGUCGUCCUGGUCAUCACCAUCGUCAUCUGUCUCUGCCACGUCUGCUUUGGACACUUCAAAUACCUCAGUGCCCACAACUACAAGAUUGAGCACACGGAGACAGAUACUGUGGGCACCAGGAGCAAUGGACGGCCCCCCACUACUGCUGCCGUCCCCAAAUCUGCGAAAUACAUCGCUCAGGUGCUGCAGGACUCCGAGGUGGAUGGGGAAGGGGAGGGGGCUCCUGGCAGCUCAGGAGAUGAGCCCCCCUCAUCCUCGUCCCAAGACGAGGAGCUGAUGCCGCCCGAGGGCCUGACGGACACAGACUUCCAGUCCUGUGAGGACAGCCUCCUGGACAAUGAGAUUCACCAGUAAGGGGAGGCGGGGCCCUGGAGGCUGCGCCCUGCCCCGCCCCCACACCCACACCCCAUGGACACUAAAACGCUAAUAAUUUAUUAGAUCUAAAGGCUUCCCCAGCCCCUGCUUUCAUGACGGUAUUUAAACCUGGGGACUUUGCCACUCUCCCCCCCCACCCCAUCAUUGAGGGAGGGAAGGAGGGAGGGAGCCCCCCUCAAACCUCAGUGAGGAGCAGCCCCGAGCUGGCCCCGGGGCAAGGAGGGGUGCACAGGGAGUUCCCCCAGACUGGUACCCCAUCACCCCUGCUAGGAGCGAGGCCAGGAAAGAGUUAAUGAGAGCCUAUAGUGGGGUGCCUGAUGCCACAGCUAGAGACCUGGGUGAGAGGAGGUCCUCCCCCAGUUCUUUCCUCCCCCUAAAUCCCCCUGGGAUCUGGCUCUCCAGCCCCCUGGGGAUGCAUGAGGGGGUGGAGUGCUGAGCAGGAAGAGGGGUCGCCCAAGCUAGGGGGGACUGGGGUGGGGGUGGGCAUGGCUGACACUGGAAAAUGGGUUUUUGCACUGUUUUUUUUGUUGUUGUUGUUUUUUGUUUGUUUGUUUUCCUUUAAAAUAAAAACAAAAAGAGGC